GCCUUUUGCACGCCGCUUGGCCCUGUGUUUUCUCCCUCUGUUGAGAGGGUCUCAAUGGUCGAUGAGUAGACGGGGCCCAGCGAGAUAGGAAAUUGAAACAGCAGGCACUGGGCCAGUGUCCCAAGUCCGGUCCGCUCGGCUCAGUCAAUGAUCAAUCAGAAUCAGAGGCCCACUUUCGCCCGGUAAGAGGGAAAACGAAAAAUGCGGUUGUGUUAGACAAUGGGAGGGGUUGAGGUCGAGGGCGCCCAUCGUCUUGGAAAAAAUCACUGCGCGCCCCCCUCGCCACACCUCUUGCUUCUACUACCACCACCAACACACAACUCCUGCGACUUGACUACAUCGACUAGUCGAGUCUAUUCUGCACAUUCACACACUUCUCAACCAACCAACACUUAACACAACAUGUCUGGACGUGGCAAGGGUGGCAAGGGCCUCGGCAAGGGUGGCGCCAAGCGUCACCGCAAGAUUCUUCGUGACAACAUCCAGGGUAUCACAAAGCCCGCUAUCCGUCGUCUUGCGCGUCGUGGCGGUGUCAAGCGUAUCUCGGGCCUUAUCUACGAUGAGACUCGCGGCGUUCUCAAGCUCUUCCUCGAGUCGGUCAUCCGCGACUCGGUCACUUACACGGAGCACGCCAAGCGCAAGACGGUCACGUCCCUCGACGUUGUCUACGCCCUCAAGCGCCAGGGACGUACUCUGUACGGUUUUGGUGCCUAAGUCUGUGGUCUCACGACGAGCCACGAUCAUCUCCCCUUUCGUCGUAACAUCGAAGGGGCAUCUCGUUUUAUGACGUGUUGUAUUCUUACAGAGACUCUUUUACACCUUCUCCUUUCCCACCAAUGAGACGCCUAUGAUCUACUCCGUUACUCUUAU